ACAGGCUAGAAAAGCUUUAAACACUGAAAUGGCACUUGAAUACUGUGCAUUCUCAAUGCAAUUGGAUGAAGUUGCUCUUGUGAUUUCUGAUGGAAUGUAUGCCUAUGGUCACAUUGGGAGGGCUCCUGAUAUCCCUCCGGAUGCAACAGUGAUCUAUGAAAUCCAGCUGCUUGAUGUUAGAAAUGCUCCAAACCCAAAACAGCUGUCACCUUCAGACUGCAUACGGAUCUGUAAGCAGAAACGAGAGCGUGGAAACUACCACUUCCAGAGAGGUGACUACCAUGGCGCUGUAAAGUCAUACAACCUUGCACUGGACAUCCUGAAUGUUUCCACAGAACUUAAACCCAGUGCUCAGGAAGCAGAAGAGCUCCAGGAAGAUGGGCUAAAGUGUCUCAAUAACUUGGCAGCUGCCCAACUUAAGUUGAAUCUCCAUGAAGAGGUGAUUGCUUCCAGCAAUGCUGUGCUGCACCUAGAUCCCAACAACGUGAAAGCAUUGUUCAGGAAAGGAAAGUUAUUAUCAGAACAGGGUGACUACGAGGGAGCAAUGGAGACACUCAAGAGAGCGCUGAAACUUGAACCCGGCACGAAGAUGUCUAUUCAUUACCAGGCCAUUCAUGCAGAACUUUCCAAACUAGUUAAGAAACGGACUGCCCAGACACAAUCCCCAAAGGAAAAAGUCAGUAAUUGGCGGAAAAGAGCGGCGAAGCCCUUCACAUCUCUUCUUACUGCACGAGAGUCUUCCUCGGCUGUCCCAUGGAAAUGGCUUUUUGGAUCUGUGGUGGUAGCCAUUGGAUGCGUGGUCACCACGGUUGUGCUGGCAGCAAGAAACUAAUCAACAGCAGAUGGACAAGGACACACAAUGGCCAGAGAACUAUAAGUGUCCAAUUCUGAUGAGUUUGUUCUAGGACAUACCAACGUGUAUACAUUUUUCUUGACAGAAAGAGGUAAAAUAUGUCAAGAAAUGGAGUUGAGGAAUGGUGGGGUUCAGCAAUGGUAAAACUACAUUUUCAAAUCUCAAUGCAGAUUAUGAUCGAUUAGAGCAAGGGUUUGUAAAUAGCUCCUAACUACAAUGGUGAGGCUACUUCAUGUGUUUUGUUUACCUAUCAGCAAUCAGUACAAUCUAUUAAAACGUCAAUGAUAUUAAACAGAAAUUAUUUAUUAGAUUACUGCAUUCUGCAUAGCGCAAGUCAAAUUACACAAAUGUUUAAAAAACACCAAGAGUCAAUUUUAACAAUGACCUCUAUUGGAUACCUGUCUAUUAAAAUAGGUAUUUAGAGCCACUGGAAAUUUUCAAGCGUACAGUGUGUGAUUGCUUUGAGAGGUCCCAAUCAUUCUACAUUUAAUAGGACUUACGGUUAAGAAACCUUAGAGUUAUUUUCUAAUGCUGUAGGCUAGAAAGGCUCUUUUAGAAUGUAAGAUUCCAUGAGCACAUUUUGUUGAGAUGUUUUCAAUGUUAUCCUUGUUCAAACAAGAAAGUCACAUGCCAAUAAUCUUGGGCAAUUGUAGCAUUUUAUUCUGCAGUCGGUGGGGGUGGAGGAGGAAUUGUGUAAAGGAACCAUUUAUUCAUGAAUCUCAUGCUUGUUCUCUGCGCCUAUUUCAUGUUUUCAGGUACAGAAGGCCAAAUGUUAAUGUAAUAAUUGGCACUCUGCAAUUUUAAAAUGUGGUAGAGUAGGCAGACAAGGAGAUAAUCAGUCCCCCUGCAGACCUUCUUUCCACUGGACACUUUAACACAUAAUUGAUGUAUCCAUUAAACAGCGGAAAAUAAAAGAGCUUUUAUCUAAUUUGUGUAAUUGCAUUUAAUAUCAGGGUUUCAAAAACCUAUUUUAUUUGGGCCAGUAUGUUUUGUUUAUUUUCAUUAAAUGCACAGCUAGAUGAGA